AUGGCUUCCAACAAUGAAAUUAGAAAACCAAUCGAGUCACUGAUAAUGCCUUCCAUAUCCUCCCUUGAGUUUUUCCUCUUCACCAAACCAAAAUCCGAUUGGUACGAAAAUAUGGAUGAUGAUUAUUAUUUUGAGGAGGAGAAGGAGUAUGAUGAUGAUGAUGAUGAUGAAGAUGGUGUUUCCUCACUCCUUGACCAAUUUGAUCAACUUUUCAGGAAAAGAAAGCCUUCAAAUAAUUCAUGUACAACCCAUGUACAUGACAGCCCCAAAAGCGAUGAUUAUACUGUGUCUCUAGAUGGUUUAAAUCCAACCCUUCAUCAACAUCAAGAUGAUGAGUCCUAUUUUACAGAGCCAUUGUCCCCACCAAGAUCUGCAUCUUACUUUGAGUGCAACAUGUGCAUGAAAAUGGCAAGAGAGCCAGUUGUGACUGCUUGUGGGCAUUUGUAUUGCAGGCCUUGUUUGUACAGUUACAGCUCUCAAAAGGAGGAGUGUCUUGUCUGCCAGAGUAAAGUGUUUAAUUCUUCGGUCACUCCUAUUUACAACUGCAGAGACCUCAACUCUGGCUUCAAUGUGCCACCAAGACCAAGUUCGAGAGUCCAGCAAGCCAUCUCACGUAUCAAGCAAUGGCAAAAUAAAGAUUUCUCUGUCGAAGAAGGUCAUCAAAUAGUGGGGGAAUUAAUAUCCCAUUUGCAAGUCUUGGAUGAAGAGCGUCUCGUUCCUCGAUCUGUUUAUCAUUCUGGACUUGUCUCAGCUCAAGAAUUCAAACAAGCUGCAGAUAAGUGGGAGACAAUGCAUACCUCUAUUGAACAUCUACAGAAAAGCAGAUCUCAGUGUUCUGCUCAAAACUUAGAAUUGCAAGGUCUGAGAAACCAAGCUCAAGAGGUAGAGGCUCAGAUUGCUAAACUGCAAACAGACCUCAAAACUAUCAGAAAUAAGGAAAAAGAGGUGCAUCUUCAACUUCAAACCAAUCUCAAAAAAUCCUGGGAGCUACAAAAACAGAUCACCACCACUGCUCAACCCAGAUUAGAAAAACCGUAUGUUACUAUCUUGAAGGGUUCAACACUCCGGGCAGAUAUGGAUGCCAAAUUUAAAUUCCUCAAAGUCAUCUUGACUAGUCUUGUACUGUAA